CAAGAAGGUGGAGAAAAGAAGGACAGUGAUGGAUUUACCGAAGUCAAACGUGGAGGCAGAUGGUAGCUUCUUUAAACUCAUCAAAACUCAUUAAUCCCGCACCGUCGUAUUCUUGCUGUCAGAACUGUUGACUGCUUUUUUCUCAGCAUUUCUCAUCCACACAAUACAAUACAAAUAAAAAUAAAUCCCAUUUUACCUGUUUAAAUAUUUCUUUCCAUUUGCCUGAAUCAACAUGGCAUCGAACUCUGGCUUUUACGGAUCUGGUACUGGCAAAGACACUACAUUCCGCAGAACAUGGAACAAAGAAGAGUAUGCAGCCAAAGCAAAAGAGCGUGAGGCCGCUGACAAACUAGCAGAAGAAAACGAGGACCGAAAAGCCAAAGGCUUGAAGCCAAAAUACCAGCGAACCUCCACACCUGCUCAACCACAGCGGGAAUUACUGAAAGCUCGUGAUGAGAAGAUAGUCCUUGAUGCCAAUCUCAACAAGACACAAGUCGUAUCAGUAGGAGCGGCCGGCCCAGCAUCAAAGCAACCAGGCUUUUACUGUAAAGCCUGUGAUUGCGUUGUAAAGGACAGUACAAACUACCUGGAUCACAUCAAUGGAAAGAAGCAUCAAAAGAACCUUGGCAUGUCCAUGAAGGUCGAACGUGCUUCAGUUGAUAGCGUAAAAGAAAGACUAGCUGCGUUGAAGCGGAAAAAGGAACAGCCUAAGGAAGAAUACGAUUUAGAUGCCCGGAUAGAAGCACGUCAGCGUGAAGAAGACGAAGCGAAACGAAGGAAGAAGGAGCGAAAGAAGGCCAAAAAGGAAGCACCGGCUGGUGAUUCGUCCGAGAAGGAUGCGGCGCAAGGCGAUCAGGCUGCAACAGAAGAAGAUGAAAUGGCAAAAUUGAUGGGUUUUGGAGGAUUUGGAAGUUCCAAAGCAUAGAUGCAAUACAUAUUUCGGUUUGAUAACAAUAUUUUCUUUUCUUUUCUUCCUUUA